GCAGGCUACAGAAUAACGUCCACGUUUUGCUCCCGAUGAUCCCCUCCUCCCAGGGGGAAGGAAAUGGCUGCAAUGGAGCUGGCUCAGGGGCUGGUGACUUUCGAGGAGGUGGCUGUGUAUUUCACCAGGGAAGAGUGGGCUCUGCUGCACCCCACUCAGAGAGCCUUCUACAGGGAUGUUAUGCAGGAGAACUAUGAGACGGUUGUCUUACUGGUAGGGUUUCCAGUUUCCAAACCUGAUGUGAUCUCGCAGCUAGAACGAGGGGAAGAGCCAUGGAUCCCAGACCUCCAGGGCUCUGAGAAAGAAGUGCUCCUGAAAGGUGAUGGGAUGGUGAGUGAGAAUGUGGAGAAACUCCAGCAGGAAGAUGCUGAGCAAGUAGAACCACAUGGGAUGUUAUCAGGAAGAUCCAAAGGGAAUGUUUCCGGGAGUUGUGCACUCCGAGAAAAAGCAAAAGCCUGUGAGAUUCAGGAAAGGCCAGAGGAAAACUUCAGUACCCACUCAGACCUUUUAAUACAUGACAGAAUCAACUUGGAAGAGACACGCUACACGUGCUCUGAGUACGGGAAAAUCUUCAAUGGGAACUCUGCCCUUAUCACACAUCAGACAAUCUACACGGGUGAGAAACCUUAUGGAUGCUCUGAGUGUGGGAAACGCUUCAUUAAUAGUUCAACCCUCAUCUCACAUCAGCGAAUCCACACAGGAGAAGCGCCCAACACAUGCUCUGAGGGUGGGAAAACCUUCAAUCAGAGCUCUGCCCCGAGCACACACAGUAGAAUCCACACAGGUGAGAAACCAUAUGGAUGCUCUGAGUGUGGGAAAUGCUUUAAUAGGAGCUCUAACCUUAUCACACAUCAGAGAAUCCACACAGGAGAGACGCCUUAUACGUGCUCUGAGUGUGGGAAAAACUUCAGUCGGCGCUCAAACCUUAUCACACAUCAGAGAAUCCACACGGGAGAGACGCCCUACACAUGCUCCGAGUGUGGUAAAAGCUUCAGUCGGAGCUCUGCCCUGAUCGCACAUAGGAGAAUCCACAUGGGUGAGAAACCUUAUGGUUGCUCUGAGUGCGGGAAACGCUUCAUUGAUAGUUCAACCUUCAUCUCACAUCAGCGAAUCCACACAGGAAAGACACCCUACACAUGCUCUGAGUGCAAGAAAAGCUUCAGUCGGAGCUCUGCCCUCAUCUUACAUCAGCGAAUCCACACGGGAGAGACGCCCUACACGUGCUCUGAGUGUGGGAAAAGCUUCAGUCGGAGCUCAACCCUUAUCAGACAUUACAGAAUCCACACAGGAGAGACGCCCUACACAUGCUCUGAGUGCAGGAAAAGCUUCAGGCUGAGCUCAAACCUUAUCUCACAUAGGAGAAUCCACACAGGUGAGAAACCGUAUGGAUGCUCUGAGUGCGGGAAAAGCUUCAGUCACAGCUCUUCCCUUAUCACACAUCAGAGAAUCCAUACAGGAGAGAGGCCCUACACAUGCUCCGAGUGUGGGAAACGCUUCAAUCACAGCUCUGCCCUUAGCAAACAUUGGAGAAUCCACACAGGUGAAAAACCGUAUGGAUGCUCUGAGUGCGGGAAAAGCUUCAGUCACAGCUCUGCCCUGAGCACACAUAGGAGAAUCCACACAGGAGAGAGGCCCUACACAUGCUCUGAGUGCGGGAAAAGCUUCAGUAAGAGCUCUACCCUUAUCACCCAUCAGAGAAUCCACACAGGAGAGAAGCCCUACACAUGCUCCGAGUGUGGGAAAAGCUUCAAUCGGAGCUCAAACCUUAUCAUACAUCAGAGAAUCCACACAGGAGAGAUGCCCUACACAUGCACUGAGUGCGGAGAAAGCUUCAGUCAGCGCUCACACCUUAUCAGACAUCAGAGAAUCCACAUAAGCAAGAACUGUAAUAAAUCCUUUGACUAGGGCUGGCCAAAGAUUUUUUUUUUAAUUACAUUUGCUAAUUCCCACAUAGUGAUUUUUGCACCGUAUUCACCGUAGUCUCUUAGCUCCACCAGAUGAGUUGCCUGCUUGUGCCUUUUGCAGCUCACCUUCUUUGGGGUCAGUCCUGUGAUCUUUUCUAUCAACUCCUUUCCUUUUGAGUUGUAGGAGUGUGUGUCCCUCCAGCCAGGAAUGUUCAUCAGCUCCAGGUGGGAGAGAGAGGUUUGAUCCCAACAAGCUGAAGCAAAAACUAUCUGUGCCUGACAUUCACUAGGACUGUACAUGGCGUUGGCUGCUCAAGUUAGUGAUCUUGGUGUAAAAAGACAAUUCUAGUUGUAGAGCAGAUGCAGCCCAGGUGCAUUGGUUGGCAUUAGGUUCCCCCUUGACCUGACCUAAACAAAACCUGAGCAUCACGGUUAUACUGUUCCUCCAUUUCAAAGCAACUGUUAGUUUUCAAGUUCCCCCUUUGGGAAUUGUUUCAUUCCCAGUUGCCCUGAGGUUGCUUCAGGUUGUGCUGCAGAGCAGAUACUUUUACUACUAUUUUUAUCACUUAAAAAUAUUGAACUAUAACAAAGAGCAGGAACAGGGCAGGGAUAGGGGAAAAUGUCAUUUCACCCUCUGUAACAACAGCAGAAGAUAGGGUAAAUCAGAGGGAUUUUCUUAUUCCCCAUCACCAUCCCAAUCCCCCUGUUGUUCAAUUGGUUAGGUCAAUAUUUUUUCUAAAGGGCUGGGAAGAGGAUUCCCUAGUAAAUGACUUGGAACUAAGCAAAAUACCCAUGCAUUGGGCUCCCAAAGCAGUUGUGGCAUGGGGUCUGCAGGAGGUCGCUCCUGAAGAUAUCACCUUCCUAAUCAGGUUCAUGUUGCCUAUUAUUUGGGAAAGGCAAUCCCUAUCUAGGUAGAGAUGGGGAAAAUGGAAGUGACAUUUCUCUUCAGCUCACCCCUGGGAGAUGCUGCAAUGUGUAGAAAAUGAAAUCCAUGUUGAAUGUGAUAUAGUUGCCGAAUAAACUCACUCACUCAUGCCCGUCACCCCAAUCGAGGUAUGGGCCACCAACCACAGAUCUCCAGAGUCCUCUAUCCUGGGCCAUUUGCUCUAACUGGUUCCAGGUAUAGCCCAUUUUUAUGCUAUCAGCCUGAAGGUCGUGUUGCCAGAUGUUUCUUGGACGGCCUCUUUUCCGCUUGCCUUGGGGGUUCCACCGCAGUGCCUGUCUAGUGAUGUUCGUAGUGUGUGUCCUAUCCAGCCCCACCUUCUCCUUCUAAUUUCUUCCUCUACUGGAAGUUGAUAGGUCCUCUCCAAGAGGUGGAUGUUGCUGAUGGUGUCUGGCCAGAGGAUCUGGAGAAUCCUUCUAAGGCAACUAUUUAUGAAGGUCUGGAUCUUCCUGGUGGUUGUUUUAGUUGUUCUCUAGAUUUCAGCUCCAUACAAUAAGACUGAUUUCAUGUUGGAGUUGAACAGUCGAAUCUUUAUUGCCAAAGAGAGCUCUCUGGAGCUCCAGAUGUUCUUGAGCUGUAAGAAAGCUGCUCUUGCCUUAUCGAUCCUUGCUUUGAUGUCUGCGUCUGUGCCACCCUGCUGGUCGAUGAUGCCUGGGUAGGUGAAGAACUGCACUUCUUCCAGAGGGCUUCCAUUCAGUGUGACUGGGUCGUUACUGAUGGAGUUGAUCUUGAGGAUCUUGGUCUUGUCCUUGUGGAUGUUGAGGCCAACCUGUGAUGACGUGGCUGCCACUACGCUGGUCUUCUCUUGCAUCUGCUGUUUGCUAUGCGAAAGGAGUGCAAGGUCGUCGGCAAAGUCCAGGUCAUCAAGCUGGGUCCACAACAUCCACUGGAUUCCGUUCCUGCGCUCAUAAGUGGAUGUCUUCAUAAUCCAAUCAAUGACAAGGAGAAAAAGAAAUGGUGACAACAAGCAUCCUUGUCUGACUCCAGUUCGCACCUGGAAGCUGUUUGCAAGCUGCUGUCCAUGGAUCACUCUACAGAGUAUGCGGUCAUAUAAGUUCUUAAUCAGGUUGACCACCUUUGCUGGGAUGCCGAAGUGCCGAAGGAGCUUCCAGAGAGUCUCUCGAUCCACGCUAUCGAAUGCUUUCUCAUAGUCAACAAAGUUGAUUUACAACGAGGAGUUCCACUCCGUGCAUGAUCUGUUUUGCCGGAAACCUGCCUGCUCAUCUCGUAGCUGUGGAUCAAUGGCAUCCUUCAUUCUCUCUAAGAGGACUCGGUUGAAGACCUUCCCUGGCACCGACAGAAGUGUGAUUCCUCUGUAGUUGGCACAGUUACUGAGGUCUCCUUUCUUAGGGAUUUUAAUAAGGUAUCCCUCUUUCCAGUCUGCCGGAAUCACUACUUCUUCCCAUAUCUUCUCAAAGAGGGGAUACAGCAUUUCUACUGAAGCAUCCAGAUCUACUUUCAGGGCCUCUGCUGGAAUGUCGUCAGGUCCAGCCGCCUUCCUGUUCAUCAUAGUGAUAGCUUUUCUGAUCUCAUCUCUGGUUGGUCUGUCACAAUUGAUUGGAAGGUCCUCAUUAGCUGGGUCAAUGUCUGGUGGAUUUGGUGGUGCUGGUCUAUUCAGGAGUUCCUCAAAGUGCUCCGCCCAUCUGUUCUAUUCCUGUUAUAGACUUUCCCUGCUUAUCUUUGACGGGACGUUCUCGCUUGCUGAACUUUCCAGACAGUUGCUUGGUGAUGUCGUACAGCUGUUUCCUAUUACCAUAGUAUGCUGCCUGCUCCACUUCUGCUGCCAGUCCAUCCACAUAAUCUCUCUUAUCCUUCCUAAUAUUCCUCUUCACUGCUCUGUGGGCUUCAGUAUACUCUUUUUGCGCUUUAGCUUUUGCUGCUCUAGUCCUGCUGUUGUUAACUACUGUCUUCUUUUUCUUUCUAUCUUCUAUCUUAGUCAAGGUCUCUGCUGUGAUCCACUCUUUCUGCUGAUGUUUCUUGAUUCCAAGGACUUCCUGGCAUGCUGACCUAAGUGUGUCUCUCACUUUCUGCCAUCCAUUGAGUACACUGUCUUCCUCUUCCUCAGACCGAUCAUGUAGUACUGAAAACUGUCCCAAGUCAGGAUAAAGGAGGAGGGUUGGGCGUGGGGCUAGCAACUCCACCCCAUAAAAAAUUAACUUGCUACAGAAAUGCCAACAAUAGAGAGAAUAGAGACUUUUAGCCUAGAAAAAGAAGGGUCUUCAACUCGAAGAUGUAUGACGCUGGGUGGUGAAAGUUGUGAGGAAGCCACUAAGCCGAUUACCCUUCUUGCAACCAGGAGGACUACAAUCGGUACAUGGAAUGUGAGGACCAUGUACGAGUCAAGAAAGACGGCGCAGGUCGCAGCAGAGAUGAGUAACAACCUGACCCUACUAGGCAUUAGCGAGACAAGAUGGACGCAAGCUGGACAGAGAUGAUUGUUGACAGGAGAGCUGUUGCUGUAUUCUGGGCAUGAAGAGAGCGACGCACUCCACACACAAGGAGUAGGCUUCAUGUUGUCCAAGCAGGCACAGAGAGCACUGAUCGGUUGGGAGGCACAUGGCUCCAGGAUCAUCGCAGCAUCCUUCAGAACUAAAAUGAAGAGGAUUAAGAUAAAUGUUGUACAGUGCUAUGCUCCAACCAAUGACUGAAGAGGAGGAUAAAGACUAUUUUUACAACAGACUUCAGAAAAUAUUAGAGAUUCUCCCAGAUAAAGACAUCACCAUCCUUAUGGGAAACUUCAAUGCCAAAAUUGGACCUGACAACACAGGAUAUGAACAAGUCAUGGGGACCCACGCUCUAGAAGAGAUGAGUGAGAAUGGAGAGAGAUUUGUGGAUCUGUGUGCACUUAACAACCUGGUCAUAGGAGGCAGCAUCUUUCCUCACAAGCGGAUCCACAAGGGUACCUGGGUAUCGCCAGCAGAUACUACUGAAAACCAGAUUGAUCAUGUCUGUAUUAGCAAGAAGUUCAGAAGAUCUUUGCAGGCCGUUAGAGUUAGAAGAGGAGCAGACGUAGUGUCCGACCAUGACUUAGUGGUGGCCAGAUUGAAGCUGAAGAAGAACUGGAUAGAUGCGUCAGAUAGAAGAGCGAAGUACAAAGUCAGCCUUCUGAAGGAUUAUAAGACCAAGGAAGAUUUUGGACUGACGCUGAAGAGUAAGUCUGCAACUACAUGUAGUACUGAAAAGAGAUACCUAUUUUUAAUAGAUACUUGACAUUUGGUAUCUUAUAGGGAUUCUAAGCAGUACCUGAAUUUAGUCCCUAAUUUCAAUCUGUGCCACCAGAUUAAAGAAAUAAAAGGGCAUCUUUGGGGGCGUUAUAUCUCACUAUCGCUACGGAUAUGUUGUGUGGUUGGUGAAGAAUACUACGCCAAAGAAGGGUAAAAUUACUCCAAGUAAGGUCAAAGAUUUGACAAGAACUCAGGUAGAAAUUGCAGGUACUGGUGGUUGAUUUUCACCCCAGAGAUGGAAGCUAUGGUGACCUGUGGCCCUGGUAAACUAUUUUUACAACCCUGCUCCCUUGUUAAGAGGUACUGGUCACACUCCUAACGGAUGCCAUAAUUAAAUUGGGAAUAACCGUCCUUUACCAUUUGGAUUCAAAGUUUCAUGAAGCACAGAGAGAAACAGCUGAUUCCUUCAGAGCCAUUCUAUGCCUAUGGGUCUGAAUCUGGCUACUUUGUUGGACAAGAAGCACUUCCAUGCUGGACAAAUGAUGGUAGCCAAUGAGGGAAUGUAUCAGAUUCCAAGUUCAGACUGCAGGAUUCAUGAAUGCUAAGUCCAGAGUCUGUGGUUUGGUCUCUUGGAUUUGCUAUUAUGUCUAGUGCAUUUGUAUCACUUCUCCUACUGCUGCUACUUUGAAGGAUUAGCAAGCGUGAAAAUAGAGCACAGGUGGGUUUUAUCAUGAUGCAGCCUUCCCAUGUAGUGGGAGACCCUUUCCACCCAUACUUCUGGGAGAAGACCCAGGGAGAAAUGAAUUAACAGAAAUGGAAGGCUCCUAGGUUAUUGUAGAAUGUGACUUCACACAAAGCUCACUGGGUGGAAAUGGGAAUGAAGAGAAAACUGCCCUAUUGGUUUAUAUUUUGUAAUCAUUGGAUAAGUUGUUACCAGCAACAAUGAAAUUAAACAUGAAGUUAAUUAGUGUCAUGGAAGAGGCUGAUGAUGUGAUAACUUUCAGUGUUACAAUAUAAUUCAGGUUUUCUUCUAAUUCUCUCCCUGCUGCCUCCUACUACAUAGGAAAUGGAGGCUAAUCCUGAAAUUGAAACCUCACUCCAAAGGAAUUAGAAUAGGGGAAUAUGUGAGAGAAAUAGCAUGUACGAGAAUAGAGACCCAGUAUAGACGGUAAUUAUUUCUAUUUAAAAUGGAAUUUAUUAUGAUAAAUUUUAAAAUAAAUCUUCUCUUAAGAGGAAAAUUACUUGAGACAGGAUUUGGAACCUUUCACCCAGUUAGAGGGUAACAGCCACAGAGUUCUCCAGGUCUCUUGUUUGCAAAGCAAAGAUGUCACAUCAGGCAGGAGAUGUCAAAAUCUAAAAUGGUGAUGGAUGUGUGAUGGUAGCUUUUCUGGGUUGGUGUUUGGUUUGAUUUCUUAAUUUAAUUUAAAUUUUGUAACCAGUUAUUUUUAUAGGUGCUGAGGCCCCUUUUCCUUAGGCCUGGCUCUGGAAACCUCCCCAAAACUGGCCUUGUGUUUCUUUCAUGUUUGAUAUCUUUGGGGUUCACACAUCCACACUACAUGCGGUUCACAGCAACAGAUACUUUGAGAAACCUGCUGGGUUAAGCGAGCCUUUUCCAAACUGACAUUGGCCCAAAGUCUGCCUCAGUUCAGCUGGAUUGGGACACGUCUGUAUCAAAGGAGUGGUUCACACCUGAUUUGCCCAGAGACCUCGGGGGAGGUGUGGUAAGAUAGGGUAAGCUGGAAUCCACAACAAUAGAGUUAAAGGAAAGGGUGACAGACCUUCACCUUGGAGGUCAACAAGCCUGUUUUGUUCAUUCCCUCUGAUGCAUCUGGCACUGGUCACUCUCAGGCAGCACGCUGGGCUAGAUGGACAAUUAGUCUGACCCAGUAUGACCAGUCUUGCGUUCUUCUGUAAGUCAUCUAGGGCCUUGUCUACACUGGCAAGUUUCUGCCCAGUAAAGCAGCUUUCUGCAGUGUAACGCCUGAGGUGUACACACUGCCAAGCCACUUACUGCACAGAAACUGAGCAGUUGCAGCGCUGUUUAAAAAAAAAAAAAAAAAAAAAGCCACCGCGACGAGAGGUGUACAGCUUCCAGCACCGGGGCUACAGCGCCACGGUGCCAGUGUAGACACCCUGGUCAAUUCCAGUGCUGCGAUUGGCCUCCGGGAGGUGUACCACAAACCCUGCUCUCGCCUUUCUGGUCAUCGGUUUGAACUCUACUGCACUGCUCUCAGGUGACCAACCAUGAAUACCCCCCCCCCUUAAAUUCCUUGGGAAUUUUGAAAGUCCCCUUCCUGUUUGCUUGGUGAUGCAUGCAGUGGUCUCAGCGCAUCUUUCCAGGUGACCUGCCUGCUACAUGCACCAAGCGAUCCCUUGCUUGGAGCAAUGUUGAAAUGCUGGACCUCAUCAGCAUUUGGGGAGAGGAGGCUGUUGGAGAUCUAAGGAUUAAUAUGCUUAUUUGCAUAGUUAGAAAGUAAACAGCUCUAACAGCUUUUGCAUUAGCUUCCUCUGCCAGAGGUGUGACAUUAGUUUCCUCUGCCAGAGGCACCACCAAAGGUGUGAUCCUAUAUCUUUCAACACCAGAUCAUCAAAACAGGGUGCAAGUAUUAACCAAAACUUUGCAGCAUAUAAUUGUGUAUUACCAUAUAUAUAAUCUUGAAUAACUGUGAUACAGUUAUAAUUUUGUAAUUCUAACUGUUUUACCAUUUACUUACUAUGUCAUCGAUUUUAAUAAAAAGUCUUUAUAACUAUA